UCUCAAGAAUUUAUUAUUUUGCAUUAUAUUUGAUUCAUUCGACCCAUGAGAGUUUGAUCAAAUCUAUAUUUGAUAAUAGUGUAUACGCUUGAUUAUUACUAUUUAAAGUGUGCUCAUUGUGGAUAGAGUAAUAAAAAAUGGAUCUUAAAGACAAAAAUUUCAAAAAAAUCGGUGCAAUUUGUUUGUGUGUUCUUAUUGGUGGGCUGAUAUUUAGCUAUGGAAUUUUUCCAGCAAUUUUACGCUUCAUGAUAAAACAGAAUGUAUUGUUAAAGCCAGGAACGCAAAUUCGAGGCAUGUUCGAAAAGAUACCUUUUCCGUUGGACUUCAAGCUGCACGUGUUCAAUGUGACAAACCCGGAAGAUGUAAUGCAUGGUGGAAAACCGAGAGUAAAGGACAUCGGCCCAUUAUAUUUUGAAGAAUGGAAAGAAAAGUUUGACACCAUUGAUGACGUUGAAGAGGAUACGCUAACGUUUACAUUGCGCAACACGUGGAUAUUUCGUCCGGACCUUUCAGCUCUGACCGGAGAAGAGAUUGUUACCGUGCCGCAUCCGCUAUUGAUGAGCGUACUGUUAUCAGUGCAACGAGACCGCGAAGCAAUGAUGCCACUGGUGUCAAAGGGAGUAAACAUCUUGUUUGAUCCAUUAGAGUCAGCAUUUUUGAAGGUCCGUUUAAUGGAUCUGUUGUUUGACGGAAUACUGAUCGACUGUAGCAGCAGCGAUUUCGCAGCAAAAGCGCUCUGCUCAGGAAUGGACUCUGAGGGAGCCCUUAGCCCACACAACGAGACUCACUAUAAGUUCUCAUUGUUCGGUAUGAGGAAUCACACCGAUGCUGGAAGGUGGGUCGUGUAUCGUGGAGCGAAGAACAUUCGCGACCUCGGGAGAGUGAUUUCGUACAACGAUGAAACUGAAAUGGACAUAUGGGAUGGAGAUGCAUGUAACCAGUAUAUCGGUACGGAUUCGACUAUCUUUCCUCCAUUUCUUACUAGACAGGACAAACUAUGGGCAUGGUCACCGGAGAUCUGCCGGUCAAUUGGCGCUCAUUAUGUACAUAAAUCCAAAUACGCUGGCUUACCAAUGAGCUAUUUUGAGCUGGAUUUCGGUGAUCUUAAGAACGAACCCCAUAAUCACUGCUUUUGCCGCGAUCCUCCGGAUGACUGUCCUCCCAAAGGAACAAUGGAUUUAUCGCCUUGCCUGGGAGCACCAAUCAUUGCCUCCAAGCCUCAUUUCUACGAUGCCGAUCCCAAGCUCAUUCAGGAUGUCGAUGGACUUGAGCCAAAUAAAGAAGCUCAUGACGUUUACAUACACUUUGAGCUGUUUACAGGGAGCCCAGUUUCCGCAGCAAAGCGUCUACAGUUUAGCAUGGAAUUCGGUCCCAUCCAUGGACACGAGUUGUUUGGACAGCUGCCGGAACUGCUGCUGCCGAUGUUCUGGGCGGAGGAGGGAGCAUCGCUCAACAAAACCUGGACCAAUCAGUUGAAAUAUCAAUUGUUUUUGGGCCUUAAGUUCAACGCAACGGUAAAGUGGCUCACAAUCAUAAUAGGAACAGUGGGAACGAUUGCAUCCGGGUAUAUGCAUUACCGAAAGGAUGUUAUGAAAUCGACCGACGUUUCUCCGGUCAAUGUGACUGCCGCUGAUACGAGCCCCUCGUCGGCUAAGGAGAAGGUUACGAAUGUUUCCCUGGGGAAACAAGUUCCAGCUAUCAUCGAUGGCCUGGAAAAACCAGCAAAAAUCUCAAUGAUACAAGUGCAUGAAAGAUAUUAAUUCUCUAUUAAUCGGGCUAUGUUUCAUGAACAUGAGUGAUGGCGCUAUUUAUGAGUAUUGGCAUAUUUGAUGUAGAAAUUCUAAUUUAAGAGAGGAAUGCUUUUUCAUAACUGUGUAUUCAUUCGUUAGGGGGUUGGCAAACCCAGUAUGCGACAUUUAUAAUGGUACAUUCUAGAUUGAACAUAUUGCUUUCACAAUAUGCCAUUC